CCCAGCGUCCCCCAAAGGGCUGAGCUCGGCCGCCUGGUGCUUGGAGCCGGCCCGGGCGCAAAGCGCUUGGAACAAGUGCUCGGGGGCGGGCGUCGGGGGCGGCGAGUGGUUCCCUGCCCCGCGGCGGAAGGUCUGCGGCGAGCAGAUGGGCUCGGACGUGCGCGAUUUCAACGCGCUGCUGCAGCCGUCGGGGCCGGCGCUGGCGGGCAACGGCAACUGCCCCAUGCCGGUGAGCAGCGCCGCCGCGCAGUGGGCCCCGGUCCUGGACUUCCCGUCGGGCGCCUCCUACGGCUCGCUGGCCCCGCACUCGGCCUUCAUCAAGCAGGAGCCCACCUGGAGCGCCUCGGAGCCGCACGACGAGCAGUGCCUCAGCGCCUUCACCGUCCACUUCUCGGGCCAGUUCACCGGCACCGGAGCCUGCCGCUACGCGCCCUUCGCGCCCCCGCCGCCGCCGCCGCCGCCGUCCAGCCAGGCGCCCUCCGGCCAGGCGCGGAUGUUCCCCAGCGGCCCGUACCUGCCCAACUGCCUGGAGAGCCAGCAAGCCGCCCUCCGCAACCAAGGUUACGGCACAAUGGCGUUUGAUGGAACUCCAAGUUACGGCCAUACUCCCUCUCACCAUGCAGCACAGUUUGCAAACCACUCCUUUAAACACGAGGAUCCCAUCGGUCAACAGACAUCUCUAGGUGACCAGCAGUAUUCGGUGCCUCCCCCAGUCUAUGGUUGCCACACUCCCACGGACAGCCAGGCCUUACUGCUGAGGACCCCAUACAACAGUGACAAUUUAUAUCAAAUGACCUCACAGCUUGAAUGCAUGACUUGGAAUCAAAUGAACUUGGGAUCUACACUUAAGGGGCACUGUUCAGGAAGCACCAGUGUUGCCCACACAGGGGUGAACUUGUACAGCUGUGGGGCUCAAUAUAGAAUACAUACCCAUGGAGUCUUUAGAGGAUUGCAAGAUAUGCGGAGAGUGCCUGGAGUAGCUCCUACAAUUGUUAGAUCUGCAAGUGAAACAAAUGAGAAAAGACCUUUCAUGUGUACAUACCCUGGCUGUAACAAGCGAUACUUUAAAUUGUCUCACCUGCACAUGCACAGCAGAAAACACACUGGUGAGAAACCAUACCAGUGUGACUUUAAGGAUUGUGAACGAAGGUUCUCUCGUUCAGAUCAACUCAAACGACACCAAAGACGGCACACAGGUGUGAAACCCUUCCAGUGUAAAACCUGUCAGCGAAAGUUCUCCAGAUCUGAUCACCUGAAGACUCACACCAGGACUCAUACAGGUAAAACAAGUGAAAAGCCUUUCAGUUGCCGGUGGCCCAGCUGUCAAAAAAAAUUUGCCCGGUCUGAUGAAUUGGUCCGUCAUCAUAAUAUGCACAACAGGAACAUGACUAAACUUCAACUUACCCUUUAGAUGUUUCACAUUAUAAUAUAUAUUCCUGCAAAUAUUUCAACCAUUGUCUUUCAACUUCUUAGGAAAUCUUCAGGCAUCUUCAUAAUGCAGUUGAGACAAGUUAACUAAAUUGUGGGAUUCUGUUCAGUACCUCUGCAUAGAUUUUUUGAAUUUUCCCAUUCAUGAUUUCAAUUUAUAAUGUUAUUUUAUAAGUACAAGUUUGCUAUACUAUACUUUAAAUAUUACAAUAAUCUUUUUAUAUUUUUCUUUUGUUCAGAAUAUUUUGUACUUUUAUUUUUUACUUGAAAUGUGCAAAUUCAGACGAGUGACAGUACUCAUUCUUAUUCAUCCAUCCAUUAUGAUGAGUAUGUAUGAUAAGUAUGUAUGUAUACUAUAUGCUUACAGCAUACACCAAUUUUCCCAAAUACUGUUGCAGUCCUGUAAGAAUAAUAAGAGGAUUUUGGUAACCUUUGUACUGCCCAAGAGAUUUGAUUUAUUUAUCUUCUAUAUCAAGUUUUUCUAAUAUCUUGCUUGCAGUUUUCAGAACUGUGGACAUUGUUUCUCAUAGAAUAUAUUGGCAUAUGCAUCUGAUUUCUGAGUCUAUACUGGGUUUAUCCUCUGCUUGCAGGAGCUCCUGAUGUGCCUGUAAUCUUCUGAACACCAUGUUGCAUCAUACUUUGUGAAAAAUUCAAACUGAAUACAAUUGACAAGAUUGCCAGUCUUGACUGCAAAGCUGGUAAAGUUAAAUUAAAAACCUCUGUGCUGAAAAAGAGAAUCUUGCUUUGAAGUUAACUUGUUCCUACCUACAGCAUUUACCUAGAGAAACUGUAUAAUAUUCCUAAUUUUUUGUGCAUAAAAUCCUCACACAAAGCAAAGCCAAUAUUAUUGUAGAUGUUCAGGAUUUGUUUAACAAGCUGCCAUGCUGGUUAUGUGGCUAGCAAGAUGUAUAAAAUAAAAUCAAAGCUGAAAUUAUGAAGAGGCUGGUCCAGAAUUUCCAUUAACAUAUGGUUCUUAAAGUAAACAGAUGGUUCUUGUGACUUGAAUAUCUCUUCAUUUACAAUUAUAUGUGCAGAAAGAGAAACCCAAUUUGAGGAACGAUGGUCCAUUCUGCUAAGAACAAAAAAAAUAUCCCGAGGAUGCAAAAAAAAAGGCGUCUUGGGAAGGAACUCUGUACAACCUUUUUUCCAAGAUGUCCUCAGAAUGCCUUAUUUUUGAUUAAGCCAUCCUGUUUUGAAGAUGCUUUAAAGUGCACCUUUCCCCCCUAAGCAGCCUGCAAGAUGUCUCUAGUCUGGCUGUGUAGAAUGCAGAGCUCAGGAUAUGUCUUAUUUUUCCUGCCCAAUUGUUAAAUUCUCUGGUCAGUUUCACCUGUCGCUUGCACCCCACAUUUUGUGCACCGCUGAAAGGAUUCUCCCUGCCUCCAUUUGCUGAAGGUUGCUCCAGGAUGUUUGCUCGGCAGGCUCUGAUCCUGGGUAUCUUUUACAUCUGAAAAGUAUACAGUUAUACUCAACUCUUCCUGCUGAUUCUGGCAAUAUAAAGCUUUCCUUAAGAAUGUUUUUUUUUGUGAGAGCUGUGUUGAAGAUAUGGAGCUAUGCAUAUGAGAAUCUUAGCCACUCAGAGGACUCCCAUCAAAAAGCAUUGGGACUGCAGAGGGAAGAUUCUUAAUGGGCUGUUGAUUUGUCCUCCCUGAUUCCAAUGCUUUUCAGUGUAAGUCCUCCGACUGUCUAAGAUUCUCAUAUGCGUGUCUGCAUAUCUUCAAAUACAGUGUAUUGUCGAAGGCUUUCACAGCCA